AAUGUUGGUGGCGGUUGUUAUACUUUUUGUAUUGUCUUGGCUGCCACUUUAUGUGAUCUUUGCAAGAAUUAAAUUUGGUGGUGAGAUUUCAGUGGAGGAAAGCGAAGUAUUAAAUAAAGUGACACCCUUUGCUCAGUGGCUGGGUUCUUCCAAUUCGUGCAUCAAUCCAAUUUUAUACGCCUUUUUCAACAAGAAGUAUCGUCGUGGUUUUGCAGCUAUUCUACAAUCCAGGUCAUGCUGCGGACGUUUAAGGUAUUAUGACAAUGUUGCAAUUGCUUCUUCUACCACCAGCACACGCAAGUCGUCGCACUAUCAUCACAAUGGCUCUCGCAAAAGUCCCAGCAGCCCCGGUUUGCGUAAAACCAAUGCUGUCUCAUAUAUUUAUGAGCACCAAUCACUUCGACGUCAUCACCACAAUGCCAUGCUAAAACAGGAUAGUAACUUGUCACAGCAGAUGCUUUUGAAACAGGACUCCCAUGGCUCGAGACAAUUUUUGAUCAAGCAAGAGAGCGCCUCAAGUGAUGGUUCGCGUCGUAUGCUUUGUCAGCAGGAUAGUAAUGGUUCGAAAGUUUCCCUAUCCAAGCAGGAUUCGAUUGUGUCAUAUAUGGAGGCAAGACGCAGUGGACAAUUGAAUGGUAGCAUUGAUAAAUCGCAAGAUUCAUUCUCCGUGCAGGACAACAUGUCAAUUGAUUCACGACGUGGCACAAGUUUUAAGUUGGAUUCGGCACAUAAUUGUGGUUCGCCCAGCACAAGCGCUGCCAUGUUGGAAUAUAAGAGACAAAAGUUUGUCAAACAAGACUCGGUGAUUUCGUUUGUCGAUCAAAGACCUGGUAAGUAG